CUACAAAGCCCGCCGGAAAGAACACAAACACAGUCACAGACACACAGUUGAACCUGAAAGUCAAUGAAGGCCGUGGUGAUAACAGUCCUAGGUGGACCGGAGGUCCUCCAAGUACAAGAAGUAGAAGACCCAGAACUCAAAGACGACGAGGUUCUCAUCAAAGUCGAGGCGGCGGCGCUGAACAAACUCGACUCGUUUCAGAGGCAAGGAGUGUUUGCACCACCUCAAGGUGCUAGUCCAUACCCUGGUCUCGAAUGCUCUGGAACCAUCGAGGCCGUCGGAGGACACGUGUCACGAUGGAACGUCGGCGAUCAGGUGUGUGCUCUACUUAGUGGAGGAGGGUAUGCCGAGAAGGUGGCUGUUCCGGCAGGACAGGUUCUACCAGUUCCACCUGGUAUUUCUUUGAAGGAUGCUGCAAGCUUUCCUGAGGUUGCGUGCACGGUCUGGUCCACUAUUUUUAUGGUUAGCCGGCUAUCUUCUGGUGAAAUAUUAUUGAUUCAUGGGGGCUCCAGCGGAAUUGGUACAUUUGCGAUUCAGAUGGCUAAAUACUGGGGAGCUAGGGUGUUUGUCACAGCAGGUAGUGAGGAAAAGUUAGCAGCAUGUAAGGAUCUUGGUGCUGAUGUAUGCAUCAAUUACAAGACCGAGGAUUUUGUUGCACGAGUAAAGGAAGAAACUGGCGGCAAAGGUGUUGAUGUCAUCUUGGACAGCCUUGGGCAAUCCUACUUUCAACGAAACCUUGACAGCUUAAAUUUUGAUGGGAGGCUUUUCCUCAUUGGCACAAUGAGUGGCUCUGUCACAGAAUUAGAUCUUCGUGUGGUGAUGUCAAAGCGCCUUACCAUCCAAGCGGCUGGUCUGCGAGUAAGAAGUCCAGAAAACAAAGCAGUAAUUAUUAGGGAGGUGGAGAAAAAUGUGUGGCCUGCAAUUGUGGCUGGCAAGGUGAAACCUGUGAUCUACAAGCAUUUCCCAUUGACUGAAGCUGCAGAGGCUCACCGGUUAUUGGAUAAUAGCCAACAUAUUGGAAAGAUACUACUUUUUCCAUGAAGACAUGAUGAUUGUUGGGUUGUGUUCAAGUGAACAACAUGCUUAGACCUCAUGAAUAACAGGUUCAUGUGCAUAUAGUGCAUACAUUGCGAAACCAUGUUACCACUGUGCUCUUCUAUUCUGCGAUUAGUCUCUCAUUCGGUUGUAGUUUAGCUCUUCAGCUCUCCCAUGGAUUCGUGUAAAAUUUAUUCAUCUGAGUAACUGGUGAUGAUUACCAAAGUAAAGAUGUGACUGAUGCACCAAAGAUAUGGAGUUUUAAUUGAAUUCAUUCAUGAUGC